UUCAGAUUUUGUGUCUAGUAAGGAUUUUUGUGCUUCCAAGAUGCCAUACCCUUUAAUUUUGCCACUUGGGUUUGGACUAGGAUAUCUGGUGACGACAGGGAUGAGGAAAGUUUUCGACCAUUUCUUUCCUGGAAACGACUCGGACCAACGAUCAGAAGCAGGACCCUCCCCAGAGCCACAGUGACCUCACUGAUGAGGUCACAGACGACAUCAUGAACAUCACAACAGAUCAAAGAAGUUCUGAGGCUUUAACUGCUUGAAUCUCAACACAUCAGUUAGAAUCCAAACACUUCAGUGAGAUUCAGAUUUUGUGUCUAGUAAGGAUUUUUGUGCUUCCAAGAUGCCAUACCCUUUAAUUUUGCCACUUGGUUUUGGACUAGGAUAUCUGGUGACGACAGGGAUGAGGAAAGUUUUCGACCAUUACUUCCCUGGAAACGACUCGGACGUAAGUACCUCCCAGGAUAUUGAGAGAGAUUUGUUUUGGGACGGGCUUCCAACGGUUCCCAGAGAUAAAACUGACCCGGCUGGGGAAGUUUCUUCUCUCGAACGUCCGAGUCGUUUCUCAAGCUCCCCGGAUGUUGACAGAGAUUUGUUUUGGGACGGGCUUCCAACGGUUCCCAGAGAUAAAGCUAACCCGGCUGGGGAAGUUUCUUCUCUCGAAAGUCAGAGUCGUUUCUCAAGCUCCCCGGAUGUUGACAGAGAUUUGUUUUGGGACGGGCUUCCAACGGUUCCCAGAGUUCAAGCUGACCCGGCUGGGGAAGUUUCUUCUGGGGCAGAUCUCAAAGCUCAGGCUGUGAGAUCCACUAUUUCAUCUCCGGUGUGUUCAGAGAAAACAUCGAGAAAUGGCGCAUCCUCCAGGGUCUCUGAAUGUAAAAGUUCCUCAGACGGAGCGUCAGACUUAACACACAGGAAGCAGCAGACGAGCAGCAGAAGGACUGUUAACAAAGACAAAACUGCCCCAGACCAAGUACGUAAUUCUGACAAUGAGGAAAAACUUUGGGACCAAAUUGUGAACUGUUCCCAAAAGAAAAACUGCCCCGAAUUGGAUAGCUCACUGUUAGAAAGAGAGGAAAAACUUUGGGACCAGAUUUUACUGAGUUCCCAAAAGAAAAACUACUCCGAAUGGGGUAAUUCAACCUCAGAAGAAGAGGAAAAACUUUGGGACCGGAUUUUAAUGAUUUAACAAAAGAAAAACUGAUCUAGAUUAUGAGGUUUUCUAUGAUGAACGAACAGAUUAUCCUCAGAUUCCAGCUGCCAUAAAGACGACCUCUGUAGAGGACAACCUCUGUAAAAGUUUCCCCAACAGGUUCAGAAAUCGUUCUCAGUUUUUAAAGCUUUCUGAACCUGUUCUCAAGAAAAUGUGUACAAAAGCGGGAUUCAUAAUGAGAAGCAAACACAUGAAGAGAAA